GUGGGAUGUGCUUGUAGUUCCAAACUCGAUUUCUUGCUUCAAUUCUUGCUGCAAAACAAUUUCAACUCUGCAAGGCGUUAUCCUAAAGCGCGGCAGCACCGCUCUAUAGAUGCCAAUCCUACCGUUCCAAUUGCAUUCUGUAGAGCCAUAAAACGGAAAACACUGGUCAAAAUGGCACAACCACGCUGUCUCGCCGGUUCCUCUCCCGCACGAGCUCUACACGGAGUCCUCGUCUCAGACCUUCUCAGUCGUAGCAGGACAACCUCCCUCACGCUACGCACAACAUCUUCCUACCUCCUUCCGCCACGGCUAUUCUCCUCUAGCCACUUGAUUACAAAAACCAAUGCCACAGCCCUACCACCACCACCACCACCACCACCCAUACCGCGACACGCCCGCGCGCUCUCCACAACCUCUGUCCUCCGCCGCAUCGACCUAGACCAAAAGCGGCCAACCAACGGCAACAUCCCAUACGACUACGUGCGCAUACCCGGGCCACCCCCCGACAACGCGCUCUCCCCCGCGCAGCCCAUCCGCUCCGUCCUCGCCUCCUUCAACCCCAAAACCCACACCCUAGUCAUGGUCGCCCCGCCCCUCUCCACCGCCGAGCCCGACACCCCCGAGGCCGACGCCGCCAUAUGCCGCAUCGUCGACAACGCCGCGGCCAAAGCCGCCGCGCAGGAAGCCGAGCAGCGCGCGCGCCGCAAGGCCGUCGACACCAAGGAGCUCGAGAUCUCCUGGGGCAUCUCCGCGCACGACCUGGGCCACAAGCUGCGCCGCCUGCGCCAGUUUCUCGGCCUGGGCCUCAACGUGGAGGUCAUCCUCGCCAAGAAGCGCCACGCGAAGCCCGUUUCGGCCGACGCCGCCGACGCCGUCCUCGAAGCGGUGCGCGGGGUGCUGGCGCUGGUCGACGGCGCGAAGGAGACGAGGAAGAUGGAUGGGAAGGUGGGGGAGGUGGUGAGGUUGUAUUUUGAGGGGCCGAGCGAGAAGAAGAGGCGGAAGAAGAAGGAGUUGGAGCAAAAGGAGGAGGAGGAGGAGGAGAGCGAAUAGAGUUGUGUUGGCUUGAUGGGAGUUUUAGAUGCUACGACUAGUGGUGUAUUAGAUACGGAGAGUGAACUCUGUAGCGAUGGCUGGACUAUAGAAUCGGCGCGCAAUGAGCUGCUUAGCUUGGCAAAGAUACCUACGAAGCAUCUAGCGCGCCGCCAGCAGAAAUGUGAACCCAAGAUUGGUUUAUAUGGCUCGACGGAUGUAGAUCACUAUGAGAGAAAAUACGACCUAAAAGGGGCCAUGUAUAGUAAAACCAAAUACCAUACUCUGCAGUCACAAGUAC